UAAAGGUCACGUGGUUACCAGCUGUUUUCUACGAGUCAGCUGAUUGUAUCUUGUUAUUUUGCUGAAUCUCAGUCGUUCAUUUGGUCCUUGCUUCUUUCUGUUGGCUUUGAUCAAAAGAACAGCCUUAUAACAACAUGUGGUCGAGAUUUCUCUUGCUGCUGUGCUAUUUAGUGCUGGGGGAAGCCGGUCUCCCUGGUUAUGAGCUUGGCCACACCUACCAUUACAACUACCAGACCAGACUCCGGCUGAAUGAACCAGACACAGACAAGCCUGAUGUCGGCUUCCAGUUGUCAGCUGGGGUGGAUGUUACUGUGGUGUGGAAGAGUGGAGAGGACCAGCUGGUUAGAGUACAGCUGAAGGAUGUGCAGUUGUCCCAUAUAGGGGAGAGGAAAGCCGCCGUGUUCCAGAAGGUUUCCACAGCUGAUCUACAGACCCAUUCUGUCCUGUUCCACUGGAGGGCUGGCCAGGUUGAGGCUGUGUAUGCAGCAGAAAAGGACACCACUCAAGCUAUUAACCUGAAGAAGGGUGUAGUCAGCCUGUUCCAGGUGCAGACAGCUGCUGGGGAGAGACAGGAGACUGACGUAUCAGGACAGUGCAUAGCCCUGUAUGAUGUCAGCAAGUCUAAAGUCCUGAAGACUAGAGACUGCCUACUGUCAGCAGGGUUUACCAACUAUAACAAGGUGGUCGGAGUUGAUGUGAACUCAGCAUCAAGUGUUGUGUACGAGCUGUCAGGUGACCAACCCAUCAUCCAAUCAGCUGUCAGCGAGGAGAAUCAUGUGACCAGGGUGAAUCUCAGAAAGGAACUUGCAACAAUAAUCUUUUCUGGGCAACAGCUGCAGUUAGAGAAGCAAGAGGCAGGGGGUGCUACUGUACAGGGAGCAGGUGUGGAGGAAGCAGUGACAGCAGCAGCAGCAGGAGAGAAGUUUCUGAAGGUUUCCCUGACAACCGAGGAAAUUAUACAGCAAUGUACAGAGGACUGUGAGUCGCCAGCAGAGGUUGUUGCCCGUUACCGUGACGACCUGAGCACAGAAGCGCUGGCCCACCUCAGGUCAUCCAAUGCUUUCCUGGAGGUGUUGAAAAGACUGAGGCAUGCUGGGAAGGAAACCAUCUUGAAUGUUCUGACAGAUGAGGAAAAUGGAGACAUUGUGCCCCAGCUGAUUGACAUUGCCACGGCCACACAGACAGACUCGGCUAUGGAGGCUCUUCUGGAGUUCCUGGACUUCAGUGUGGAGGAGGACACUGACCUGCCUGACCGCUUUCUCUUCAUCCUGGGGUUCGCCACCCACCCGACAGACAAAACACUGUCAAUGCUACUGGAGAAACUUGCAGGGGAGAUUGGUAGUGAGAAGAUCUAUGAAGCUAUGGCUCUGACUCUAGGAGCUCUGGUGCACACAUACUGUCUGGACCCACUGCAAUGUGAACAGCCGAUUGUAGAACAGGUGAAGACGGCAUUCUUGGAGGGACUGGAGUCUGCGGAAUACGAGGACGGCCAGCUGAUGUUUCUCCGUGCUCUGGGUAACGCUCGCCUCCCCGACACCAUCCCUGUCCUGCUAACACAUGCGGAGGGGGCACAGUCCAACGCUGUGUCCAUGGCAGCACUGAAGGCCCUCGGCAGGUUUGACUCAGCACUGCUGGACAGUAACGGGGUGAGGAAGUCCUUGAGCCGAAUCUUCCACCAGAACAGGAAGACUUACGAGAACACAGUCCGCACGGCCGCGGCCAGCCUACUCCUGAUGGUCAACCCCUCCCCCUGGGACGUACGGAAUGUCCUGCUGUCCCUGUCCACCCAGGAGCCCAGGGAAGUGUCCACUUUCAUCCGGGCCAGAAUACAGGACCUGCUGGACACCAACCAUCCAUCCAGUGUUGUGAUCCAAGAGGUUCUAAAGGAUGUCUCGGCAGCUAAUUACUACACGUUAGCCCAGAAUGGCCUGUCUGCAGCAUACUCCAACAUCAUGGCCGACACGCUGAACGCCGUCGCCACCUACGGGCUGUUUAUCGAGUUUGCCAAGUCGGCCUUGAUGCGUCGUUCUAACAUGGAUGUCUUCCUGCAUGGCCAGGACAGUUCUAUACAGAUUCUACAGGUUGCGUUGGAAGCUGAAGGUCUGGAGGCCAUGAUGGGAGAGGAGGCAGAAGAUGAGGAAGCGUCGGCCAGCGGAGGGAUGGGGCUGAUCCUGAUGGACGUCCAGGUCCGACCCUUUAAACUGUUUGCCGGCCAGGCUGAGCUGAUGGCUGCAGCCUGGUCCUACUCCGGUGUCCGCAUGUCUGCUGUGACUGGGAUUGUACUCAUGCAGGACCACUUCCAGAUCCACCACCUGCAGUCCGGUGUUGUGGUGGAGUCUACAUUCCAGGGCGGCAUCUCAGUGGAGCUGGGGGGGAGUGUGGACAUCAGUCUGUGGAACAGAGCCUCCGUCACGCUCGUCUCCAACAAUGGUGCUCUGGUUAUGAAGGGGUCAGCUACGGUGGACUCCCCCCUGGUGAAGGUAGGAGUGGACCUGUCCGCUGAGGCCGAGGCCACCAUUGACUUCACCACGUCAGUCGACUUUUCAGACAUGCCGUUCACCAUGUGUCUACAGAUGGAGCAAAAACCCUUCCAGUACAAGAGAAAUAUAUCUUUAUAUGAAAAAGUGCCAGGAAAAGAUGCCAAGUUCCGGUUAAAACGGGAGCGGACAAGAAACAUCCCAGAGAAAUCUUUCCCACUCUUCACUGGGCAGAACAAUGCACAAUGUCGAGCCAUGUUUUCUGAGGACUAGAUAGAAAUGACUUCUCAUGUCCUAACAGUGCAGCUAUAGGUGUUGUCCUGAAACUUCUCUAUAACAUUACUCUAAGAUGCUUUUGCCUCUGAAGGGUAGACAAAGGGUAUAUGGAUUUUGAGAUGUUGCCCAAAGGUAUUGAAAAGAACUUUAAAAAAUCUGACACUGUUAUAAUCCAUUUUGUGUUACUGCUUGAGUACUUGGUAA